GCUUUUUGCUCCCUCUGUGUUCUCCCCGUUGAAAACGCACACGUACGAUCAAGUGUGCCUACUCACUCUCUCUGUCAAGCAUUUGAUGGGGAUUUGCGAUUCCCGGUGAGGCAGCGAAGGAGGCUUGCCCUACACGCCAGGGUAUUUCUUCUGCAACCUCGCCCGUGUUCCGAGUGUGGAAUUCUCGCUUUUUCGCGAUUUGUCGGGCAAACCCCCGAAUUUUUACUUCUUUGUCGUGGGCGUUUCUCCCUUUUCUGUGGACGGGGCCACACACUGCGUUACCGCCUGCCGCAGCUCCGGACCGACAACCCGGCGUGUUCCUGCGUUCCCUAUUACCCGCGUGGAAAUCCGGUCUUCCGGGGCCUUUAUUAUCGGUUAGGACGCCGAAAGCAGAUAUGGUCAUUUUUUCCUCGACUUCCAUACUGGACUGAGCACCCGUUGUUGAAAAUGGCGACCACAGCCCGUCAGUUGUUCCUGCCUUUCGCCGGCAUGCGGCCAGUCGGCGCAGCCACAGCACCUCUCUUCAGCCGGUCUACGUUGUCUUUCGCCGGCUUGCCGACUGCAGCUUCUCGUCGGUUCUUCUCUUUUUCGUCGCCUUUGGCGCCGCUCUCCACUCCUUUGUACUCCCGGCGCAUCACCGCGGGUCCAGGCGUCAGUGCCCUUUCUCAGCAGACGCGUGGCAUGAGCGGCGGCCACGAUGAGUAUCCCCCAGAGCUCACUCGUGGCGCGAAAGACACUUUGAACAUCCCCGUUGGAGGAGAGGGACUCUACGCGCGUGGAAGUGGCGCCGGUUCUCCCAUGCUCUUUGUUAUGCAGUGGGACCGACCUACCUGGCAGCCGGUUUGGGAAGACGAACACCAGGUUAUCCCGAGAGACGGCUUCGGUGUGCCUGCUCAAAUCCCCCCGGAGGUCUCUCAGCACAUCAAACACGUCUACUAUGUGCCUCCCCAGUUCUUCCCGUUCCUCAAGAAGCUCGCCGAUGACACUCCAUCGCUGCAGCCGUUCAUGUACAAACUGAUCAAGGGCGACUUCACGUACGACGACUACGAAGAAAUGUUCUAUAAAUUUGCUAAGCCGCUGAAGAUCUACCGAAACCAGAUUCCGAUGCCGUACAGAACGCCUGAGGAAAUGGCACGCGAGGCGGAAGUUGCGUGGGAAGGCGCGUGGCUGUCGUACAGACAAAAAGUCCUUGCAUCGUACAACACGGCGAUGUUCUUCAGAGAAUACCUGUUCGGCGCCUUGAUCGGCGUCUACUGCGCGUUCCUUUUCCUGGACCAACACCGUCAAUAUCGCCUUGACAUGAAGCUGUUCUACCUCGAAGCCCCGGAACACAAAAUCAACUGGGUAGUGCCACGAGGCGACCUCGUUUAAGCGGUUCUCGACGUUUAUGACCGUACACAGAAGACGCUGUGGAUCCAGUUGGAACAAAACACGAGGAACGAUGAACGUUUGGUGUCCUUCGCCGUCACUCGUCCCAGAGAGCGUCAACUUUCCUCUCAAGGGGAAGCGCCUAGGGAAAGAGGAAAUUGUGCUAAAAUAUCUCAAAUGGGUGCCUGUGAACAGACUCGAGGGUGUCGCUCCGCCAAAGUUGGUUUGGGGGGAGGGGAAGAAGACGUUCCUGAGACACAGAACACUUCUACCCACUGUACUUCCAUCCGUUUGGAUUGAUUUACAUUCGAAGGUUGUCCACGAAAUCUGUUCACCGUGAUUAACUUCCGGGCACUCCGGAGUGCGAAGGUGCCGAUGAAAUUUUCUGUCACAAUUCUGCUGGAAAGUGGCCGCUUCUCUCAGUUUUUCGCGUCACACAUGGGCAGCGGAAAAAAGCAGCGGAUCGCCCAUGUCUUCAUGUGCGAUGAGGACAGAAAAAUCCCACCGGCAGUGCAAGACUAAACAUCAGAGAUUCAACUGGACAGCCAUAUGGACCUGGUCAUAGGUGACCUCUUGAAUGGCAUCCAACACAGCGAGUAGAAUUGUCCCCGUCUCGACCAAGCACAAGGGAGCGACGAUUGCUUGGUGCGUAGCAGUGUUUUUCUUUCGCACACUGCGGAAACGAAGUCGGACGUGUACAGCGAAGAGCACAGUUUCAUCUCCUGU